AUGGCCGACCACGACAUGAAAGUGAAUCCCCUGCGAGCCACCGAGCUCAUCGAGAACAUCGCCCAUGUCUCCGACAGGAUAAGGGCCGCCAACAAGGCCGGCAGAAACGUCCGCCUCAUCGCCGUCUCGAAACUGAAGCCUGCCACCGAUGUGCUUGCCCUCCACACGGCGCCUGCGCCGAGCACCCAGCUCCACUUUGGCGAGAACUACUUCCAGGAGCUGCAAGAGAAGGCUGCAAUCCUGCCGCGCACCAUACGAUGGCACUUUAUCGGCGCUCUGCAGACCAACAAGUGCUCCAAGCUGGCCGAGCAGAUCCCUAACCUGUGGUGCGUGUCGAGCGUCGACUCGGCCAAGAAGGCCGACCAGCUGGAGAAGGGUCGCAAGACGCUCGUCGAAAAAAAGAUGCAGGAGGGCGCCCACGCCCAUGUGAAGGAGCUGUUGCGCAUCAUGGUCCAGGUCAACACGUCGGGCGAAGAGGCCAAGAGCGGCGUCGAGCCCCAGGACACUGCCGCGCUGUGUCGCCACGUCCGCGAGCACUGCCCGCACCUCAAGCUUGCAGGCCUCAUGACCAUUGGCGCCAUUGCCCGCUCGCAGGCGACCACGCCAGAGACGGAGAAUGAGGAUUUUGUGGCGCUGCGCGAUGUGCGGGAUAAGGUUGUCAAGGAGCUCGGCCUGGGGGCGGGGGAGCUGGAGCUGAGCAUGGGCAUGAGCUCCGACUUCGAGGGCGCCAUCGCUCUGGGGAGCGACGAGGUUAGAGUCGGCACUACUAUCUUUGGCGUGCGUCCGCCGAAGAAGGACGCAAAAGUCAAAGGGGACGUCGACGAGGCCAAGGAGUAA